AGCAUGUUUACGACUUUGGCAAUUAAUUGAAAACAUCCCGGAUGCAAGUUUAUCUGAAAAGGUUGUGACGGGCUUUGCCAUUUCCGUAUUAUCUCAGUGCGAUGUUCAAAUACGUCGUGAACUGAACUCGACUGUUGUAAAUGAUAAAUCCCAACUAUUUCGAGUACUACGGGGUAUUUCCUUGAAAAGAAAGUCCGAAUUGUCAGAGUUAAAUGACCCUGAUGUCAAACGCCCUCGCGCCACGUUCAGCUUUCGAGGCAGCUGCAACAUAUGUGGCAGGAUUGGGCAUCGUGGAGCUGAUUGCCGUGACAGAAACAAACCACAAGAUAAACGUGUCAACCAGAAGCCACACCCUACCUGCUACGUCUGCGGGGAGCCAGGCCACGUCGUCUCCACCUGCCCAAAAAGGAUUGACAAUACGAAGAAGGAACAAGUCGCUACUGGAAGCAAAGAAGUCAACGCGUGCUCGAAGAUUGUUCGAGAUUAAUGAAUACACUCGAGGACGACUGAUUUAUCAGAAUGGCCGUGACGGCAGCCACCUUAUUUAACAGUUUUGAGAGACGGCGGCUAGAUGGCGCUAGUGGAACGUGCACCGGACGCAUCAUUAUCGACAGUACAAUAUUGUAACUGUUCUCCCCGCCAAGCAAUCGCCUUUAUAAGGAGCCGCGCUUUUGAGUCGACACGCAUUUCAAACGGAUGCGUCUUGGUGCACGGACCACUGUCUCUCGACAGUCAGUACUGCACAGUUAUUGGACGUUGGAACGUUGUAUAAUUAGUACUGUCCUUAUUGCGGUGGGUGCGUGGAACCCUGUCUCUGACAGUCAGUACAGCCCUAUGUGACCGCCCUCACUGUCAUAUUUUGUAAUUGUUUAAUUUAUUAUAUUUCAUUUCUGUAUUUCUAGAUUUAAGAUAACCGAUUGUUCGACUGCAAUAAAUUUGUAUAAUACCUUA